CUCCUUAGUCAUCCGUCAGCUGCGCUUAUCCAGCCAAUCAAAUUUGCAAGCAAAUAUGUACCUCACAACCUGUCAACUCGGUACACGUGAUAAAUUAUAUUGACCAAUCCACACUGUGUACAAAUUCCACGCAUUGAUUUGCUGAUCUGUUGAUUAUAAUAUUAUGUAGUCUAUUUUUUUUUCUCGCUGCCAUGCCCAAUUUUUUCUUUUUCUUUUUUGGUUGCUGGUCAAGUGCAAAUAAAAAAAGCGAUCGCAAGAGAGACUAAAAAGAAAUCAGUCGUAAAAAUUUCUUUUUUAAUUUUUUUUGCUCCUCAAUUACGAUAUUUAAUUCUACUCCAUUUAUUAUUAUUAUUUCAGCAAAAAAAAUACCACCAUAAUUUACAAUGUCAGCACUGGACAAGAUGCAGCAGCAGGCCAAACACACCACGCACUCGUCUGCCAUGGAGGAGGACGACGAAAUCAUUAUCACAGCCGACCAGCUGGCAUACGUUGCCACAUCCACGGCCGCCGCAGCGACUCCGUCAUCGGCAGCGGCCUCUGACAAGCCCCAGUUUGCGCCGCUGUCGGCCAAAGACUUGCGCACGGAUCGCUGGGAAUCCCGGCGCAUCCGCGUCCCACCACACCGGUUUUCACCCCUAAAAACCGACUGGCUUAAAAUCUACUCCCCCAUUGUCGAGUACCUCAAGCUGCAAGUACGGAUGAACCCGAAAUCGCGCAUGAUUGAGAUCCGGUCGUGCGAGGAGACCGAGGACACGGGGGCGAUCCAGAAGGCCGCUGACUUUGUGCGCGCCUACUGCAUGGGUUUUGCCGUCGAGGAUGCCAUAGCGCUGCUGCGUAUGGAUGACUUGUACCUGGAGACCUUUGAGAUUAAGGAUGUCAAGACUUUGAAUGGUGACCAUCUGUCUCGUGCUAUUGGUCGUAUUGCCGGAAAGGACGGAAAGACCAAGUAUACGAUUGAGAACUCAACCAAGACGAGGAUUGUACUGGCUGACUCCAAGGUGCAUAUCUUGGGCACGUUCCAGAAUAUCAAGAUUGCCAGGGACGCUGUCGGUAACCUUAUUCUCGGUAGCCCACCAGGAAAGGUCUACUCGAACCUGCGGACCCUCUCGUCGCGGAUGAAGGAGCGCUUCUGAGAUAAUAAUAAAACACAAGUGGAGGGGGAGCCGAGAUGUUUUUUAGAUGUCAAUGUUUCUGCUUGCUUUAAAAUAGUUUAUGGAAUUUUAUUUUUCAAGAUACACAAUC